AUGAGAUAUAAUUCAUUCAUUUUAUCUGCAACAUUAAUUUCAAUCGCUUUAAUUAUACCCAGUAUUAAUGGAGAAACAAUUGAAUCAGGAGUAAUUCCAACAUUAGUAGAAACUCCAGCAGUACCAUUGACAGAAGAAUCAUCAACACUUUUACAACCUGAACCAAUUGCUGCAACUUUACAAUCAUUAGCAUCAGAAGCAACUUCGCCAACAACAACUGCAACAAUUGCAGCAACUACGUCGACUGGAGGUUCAUUUCUAGAAGGGUUAGUUGAUGGUAUAUUUGGAGAUGGUUCUAGUGAAACAACUAAUCAAGUAAUUCAAAGUAACACUGCAGCCACUGGCUUAGGCUCAACUACAACACAAGGAUUUGUUGCAGGUUUAUUAGAUGAUUUUUUUGGAGAUGGUACAACAACUACUACCGCAGGUACAACUGGAGAUGAAACUGCAUUAGGACAACCUAUAGCAACUACAAAUACAGCAAGUAGUAGUGGUGAUUUAUUAUCAGAUUUAUUUGAUUCAUUUUUUGGAGAUUCUGGAGAUAGUAAUGCUGCUACAACUACACAAUCAACAAGUUCAUCAACUGGUGGUUCUAUACUCGGUGAUAUUUUUGAUGAUUUAUUUGGUGGAAGUUCUACAAAUUCAACUUCUACAAUUGGUCAAAGUACUUCAACUGCAACAUCUGGUGAUUUUAUUGAUAGCUUAUUAGAUUCAAUUUUUUCACCAUCUAAUUCAACAAGUUCAACUUCAAGUUCAAGUAGUGGUAGUGGAGAUUUUUUAACUGAAUUAAUAGAUUAUGGUAUUGAAAUUGUUGAAGAUUUAUUUGAUGGUAGUUCAUCAUUAUUUUCAGGUUCAGGAUUAUUAAGUGCAAUUUUAGGUUUUGCAGGAGAAAUUUUUGAUGAUUUAUUUGAUAGUAAUGCUUCUAGUUCAACUUCAUCAAGUGGUUCAUCAGGAAGCUUUUUUAGUGAUUUAAUAAGUUCAAUUUUUGGUGGUUCAUCAUCAAGUUCUUCAAGUAGUGGUUCAUCAGCUUCUGGCUCAGAUUUGAUCUCAGAUGUAUUUACAACUUUAUUUACUUCAAUUUUUGGUGGUUCAAGUGGUGCAAGUGCUGGUUCAUGUACUGCAAAUAGAUUUGCAAAAAGAUCAAUUGAAGAAAAAAAAGAAAUUAGAAGAUUAGUUAGAAAAAGUGUUAAUAAAGUUAUUGCAAGAAGACAUGCUGAAAUUGCAAAAAAGAGAGAAUUAUUAAAAAGAGCUGAACCUUUAAUUGAAUUGGUAAAUUAG